AUGGAAGUUUCAACAUUAAGUUUGUUGAAUGGCAAGUUUGACUCACCAACAAACUGUUCACCCCAUUUACACUUUCCAGCAAAUUGGGGAGAAUGGGGUGCGUGGAAUAGUUGUCCAGUAACGUGUGGUGGUGGCCAACGUAUAUCAUACAGGUUUUGUGAUGAUCCCCCUCCAUCCGCUGGUGGAUCAAAUUGUAUUGGUUCUAAUCUGAAGACCGAUGUUUGCGCUACUGAUACUUGUCCAGUGCAUGGAAACUGGGAAAGAUGGGGAGCGUGGAAUAGGUGUCCAGUUACGUGUGGUGGUGGCCGACAGAUAUCAAACAGGGCAUGCAAUGACCCCUCCCCAUCAAAUGGUGGAUCAGCAUGUAGUGGUAACUCUAAGAAGCUCCGUAGCUGUGCUUCUGAUGAAUGUCCAGUUCAUGGAAACUGGGGAGGAUGGGGAGCGUGGAAUAGGUGUCCAGUUACGUGUGGUGGUGGCCGACAGAUAUCAAACAGGGCAUGCAAUGACCCCUCUCCAUCAGGUGGUGGAUCGGCAUGUGGUACUGACUCUAAGAAGUUCCGUAGCUGUGCUUCUGAUGAAUGUCCAGUUCAGGGAAAUUGGGGAGGAUGGGGAGCGUGGAAUAGGUGUUCAGUUACGUGUGGUGGUGGCCGACAGAUAUCAAACAGGGCAUGCAAUGACCCCUCUCCAUCAGGUGGUGGAUCAGCAUGUGGUGGUAACUCUAAGAAGUUCCGUAGCUGUGCUACUAAGGAAUGUCCAGUUCAUGGAAAUUGGGGAGGAUGGGGAGCGUGGAAUAGCUGUCCAGUUACGUGUGGUGGUGGCCGACAGAUAUCAAACAGGGCUUGCAAUGACCCCUCUCCAUCAGGUGGUGGAUCAGCAUGUAGUGGUUACUCUAAGAAGUUCCGUAGCUGUGCUACUAAUGCAUGUCCAGGUAAAUGA